AUGUAGGUAUGUAGGUCAAGGUAUAUGUGCUUACCUAGGUAUCUACGAGGUACAAGCCGUGGCGCCGUAGGACUUCGAUAUCUCGACGCUGAGAUUGAGGGCUUACGCUACCCCCAAAAAUUCAAAUAUGAAAUUCCUCAUCUCGCGAUGUUCUACUUAGGUAAACUCUCUUUUGCUUUUCCACUUGGGAUGUAGAAACUCGCCAUACAGCCUUAAAGCCUACUAGUUACAAACUUAGAAACAUUGACAAUGUCAACGAACUCUUCUACGAUAGAGCCACCACUGGACUAUUCUGAUGAUGGAGGCCAUGCAGCCGUUGUAUGUCUCGCUAUACUUGCAUUCAUCGCCAGCGUCAUUGUUGCUUUACGAUUCUGGGCAAAGAGACUUAUUCGUCAGUCUUUUGGGCUAGACUCAUAUCUAUGCUUAGCCGCUCUCAUCGUUCAUCAUAUACUCUUGGCUGGCUCUUUUGUUUGCAUAUUGCAAGGAGGACUUGGUCGAGAUAUGAGGAUAACGGCAACUGAGAACCCUCAUUCUGUUGUCGUACUUUACCAGGCCAUCUAUGUCUCUGAACUUGCCUACACGUAUUGCUCUCCUCUGAUAAAGCUCUCCGUGCUAGCCUUUUACAGACGCAUCUUUCCUACCCCGGCUAUGAAAUUAGGCACUAAUAUCCUUGCUUCGGCGUGUAUAGCGUGGUGUAUCGCCAUAACUAUACUGGAUUUCGUUGAAUGUCGGCCAUUGAAGGCUUUCUGGUUCGUGGAGCUUCAGGCGCUCCCGACAACCAAAUGUCUAGACCCGAUCCUGUGCUUCCUAGCCAACUCAAUAGCCAACUCCAUCAUUGACUUCUUUACCUUGACACUGCCCAUUCGCGAAGUUUUCAAGCUGCAGAUCACGACGUGGAAGAAAAUCCAGAUUUCCGGUGUGUUCCUCAUGGGUGGUAUGGCGUUGGCAGCCAGUCUGGUCCGUACAGUAUCCACCGGUAUAAUUUGGAAGCAGGGCAUCAGUAACUUUACAAAACAAUUCUUCGUUUCGGGGGUGGCGACCGUAAUCGAGAUCUACGUAGCCAUCAUCGGCUCGUGUCUUCCAACUCUGGUGCCCGUCUACCGCAGGUUACGAUACGGUGUCCCUUAUAAGAGGCAGAAUAGCGCCACACACGAAGGACCUUCAGUCGACUCCAAGCGCUCUGCUCGGACCAGCAAGACUCCGCAACGGAAGCAGUUUGCCAACGACGAGGAUACGCUAGUGCAGCUCAGUCAAAGCGAUAAUGCCUUCACUGCGACCGCCUACAGCAACAGUCAGCUCAAAAGCGACUCAGAACCCCAAAAUCCAGAAAGUUAUCAAUUAGAUGGCGUAGUGGUGAGACGAGACAUGACUUGGUCCGAAAACAGCCACGAGCACUCUAUCGUCUGACAUGAGGGUUAUGGGCUAGACUCAUCCAGAUCGACAUCGAGUUUCACAGAGUGUUGGACAAGUUGAAGACUUUGGCUUUUCGUUGUUAUUAGUACACACCUAGUAGUAACUGCCCAGGUGGUAGGUAUUAUGUACCUAUCUAUCCGCAUAUGUAUGUACUAGGCACAGUACCCGUACAUAUCAUCGAUGUACCUAGGGCACCUAUGAGGAGUUAUCAUGCGGGAAGAAAGAGCCUGCAGUAAAGUCGCAAAAUAGCUCCAUAGUCCUCUUGUAAUUUUUAUCAGCU